UCCUCCCUCUCCCAUUCUGAGCUGGGUUCCUUUCCAGAUCGAGCUUGGGAAGCCGCGCGAAAGGGAGCCGCCCGCCACGAUGGAGCUCCGGAUCCCGCGGGGAAACUCUCGCCGCCCGGAGGAGGGUCUCUGAAACCCUGGAGAAGGAGCCCACCCACUAGAUCUCCUUCCCCGCCGGAGAAGAAAGGGAGGAGAGGCAGAAAGAGGAGGGGAAGGCGAAGGCGAGCCUGUCUUCCUGUCUCCCUUCCUCCGUGACUCCGGACACGCGUGAUUCCCCGUGUCCGCCUCCAUCCUCGGGGAAGACAUGCCCCGCCGCCCGGAUCCGAUCUGAAAAGAAGAGGAAAGCGUCCAGAGGGUGCCUCUUGCCUCCCUUUCCACGCGGGAUCGUGUCUUUGGGGAAAGGAGCCUUCCACAAGGGAGGCUGGAGCGCGGAAACCAAACAAAAAAGGAUCUUUUGUGGAUUUUUUCGCAAUAUAUAUAUAUACUUACUCAUCUCAGCCACCCGUCCAUUCUGAUUCCUCUUUUGGGUCUCUUGUUUUGCCCUUCCGAUGCCGGGUCUUGCAUCCUCCUUUGAAUGAGAGCAUCCCCUUGAGUCGGCCCCACAGCGAAGGAAGGAAGGAAGGAACUCUGUCUCGAUGGCUGGGAAAGCGAGCCAAGGCUGGCUCCGGAGCUGGUGGGCGACCGGCCUUUGCUUGGCAGCGCUGGGCCCCUUCCCAGGUCUUUGGGCUCAGAUGGUGCUUGUCAACGACACCGUCUCUGGCUUCAUUGGGACCAGUGUCAUCCUCCACUGCAGCAUGACCAACCCUUCUCCCAAUGUGAAGAUCACCCAGGUCACCUGGCAGAAGGCCACCAAUGGCUCCAAGCAGAACGUGGCCAUCUAUAACCCCAACAUGGGCGUCUCCGUCUUGCAGCCGUACAAGGAGAGGGUGACUUUCCGAGAUCCAUCCACCAAGGAUGGGACCAUUCAACUCUCACGCCUGGAGCUGGAGGAUGAAGGUGUUUACAUCUGUGAGUUUGCCACGUUCCCCACCGGCAACCGGGAGAAUCAGCUCAACCUCACCGUCCUGGCCAAACCAAUAAACCGCAUGGAGAGAACCACCAGGCCACUUAUUGCCAGGUCCGGCAUGACCGAGAAGAUUGUGGUGGCCACCUGCACCUCCUCCAAUGGGAAGCCCCCCAGCACCGUGACGUGGGACACCAAGCUGAAAGGGGAGGCCGAGUUCCAGGAGAUCCGCAACAACAAUGGCACCAUCACGGUCAUCAGCCGCUACCGCCUCCUGCCCAGCCGCGAGGCCCAUCGACAGCAGCUCAUGUGCGUGGUCAACUACCAGCUGGACCGCUUCACCGACAGCAUGACCCUCAAUGUGCUGUAUGAGCCUGAAGUGAGGAUCGAUGGCUUUGAUGGAAACUGGUACCUCAACCGAAAGGAUGUGAAAUUGACCUGUAUAUCGGACGCCAACCCUCCGGCCACCCAGUACCAGUGGAAGUUGCUCCCACAGACUAAAGUAGGUAUGGAUAGGAUGAACGGUUCCCUUCCUGACAAUGUGGAGGUGCAAAACAGCACUCUGUUCUUCAAGGGACCAGUGACGUUCAACCUGGCGGGGACAUAUGUCUGUGAGGCAUCCAACACCAUCGGCACACGCUCUGGCCUGGUGGAAGUCAAUGUCACAGAAAAGCCAUUGCCCAGAGCAGGGGCAGGGGGCCUCUUGGGCAUCUUGGGCAUGGUGAUUGCAGCCGUCCUCAUUGUUGGUGUUGCCACAAUAGUCUUUGUUGUCUACCGGCGACAGCAGAAGAGCCGCACAGAAGCGGACCAUGACCUGAUGGACCUUCCCCCCUCUCACAAACCUGCUCCCCCACCUCCCAAGAGGAAGCAAGACAUGAAAAGUCACCUGACGGCAGAAGAUAUCCAGGUUGUGCACCUGGACAACAUGAAGGAACCUGAGGAGGAGAUCCAGAAGUUGCCACCACAGCCCCCCUACUACGACAUGGCUGCCACUGAGCCUUCCCCUCAAUCUGACAAGAUGAACUUUAGAAACUGUCACUCAGAGAUACCGGAUGCGGGUGAUUACCUGACCUGUCGCUACUCCCGCGAAGACCAGUAUCUGACCAAAAUUCCGUAUGUCUAUAGUCCCUUGUCGUAUCUCCCAGAAGGUGUCCAUCCAUCCAACCACACCAGCACUUCUUUCUGCUGCCCACCUCCGGGUUCCCGGGCUCCUUAUAUUUGUCCCAAGGAGCAAUAUGUCUGAAAGGAGGACACACCACCAAGCAAAGGAGGAAAGCGUCCUUCCCACAGCUUCAACUUUCAGACAUCAGCCAAGGCCUUUUUACCCCUUCACUUUUGUCUAGUGUGUGUGUGUAUGUGUGUGUAUGGACCCUAUUUGAUCCUCAUCCCUUCAUCCUUAAUUUUUUUUUACUUUGUUGAUGCCGUUGUUGAGAUGUUUUGGUGCAUUUGUACUUUCCAUUAUCAGAUGGCUACAGUCCUAAAUAUAUUUACAAGGAAGUAUGGCUCACUGAACUCAAUGGGAUCUGCUUCUGAGUAAACAUACCUAGGAUUGUGCCAUUAGCUUCUGCCUUGUUUGUUAAGAAACAUCCUUUUGUUGUCCCUUGUACAACUCCCAUUCAUCCCUCAUCUUGUCCCACCAUCUUCUCGAACUUUGAGCCUUCCCGUACCGAAAAAACGUUGCACUUUUGUGCAUCUCUGCGUAUAUACUACUGCCCCCGUACUGGAUGGAAUGUGUCGGACUUCACUUAUCCUCUUUUCCGCCAUUUUUCACAAUUUGCACUAUGGCUGAACAUCAAGCGAGCCCUAUAUGCCACUUGCGAACACCCCAACCAAAAUGGACAUGUCCUGUUCCUCUCUUUUUCCGUACGUAACACUGUACGUCCCUUGUGAUUUUGGAGCCCUGAGUCUGCAUGCAUUUCAUCCAUUCAUGGAAAUAAGAACCCUGUUUAGAGGAAUGCAACCGGACACCAUGCAAAGAUUGUCAAAGAGGAAGUUCUGGUGAUUUUCUCCAUGCUGAAGAAUGGCUUCAGGACUUUACCUUCGACCCUUUUUCAUCCCUAGUUUUUUUUUUCAAUUCCCAUUUGUUUGACUCCAGAGGGAAUUGAAUCCAGAGAGUAUGGACAGAGAAUGUAAGACGGUAGCACACAGGAGUUUGAUGGAAAACCAUUCCUUUAAUCUGGGACCACAAAUGAAAAGCCCGGAAUUAGAAAGAGAAAGGAUAUAGAUAGAUAUAGGCUUUAUUUUUUAUUCUUUUCUAUUUUUGUUCAGGGAAAAACAAAGGAAAAUCUCUCAGUUUUGCUAUGCACUUUUCUUUAAUUGGAAUUCAGAAAUAAAACUCAGGCAGGUGUAAAAGAAGGAGGUUUUUCUUUUCUUUUCAGGAAACCUCCUUGCCCUUAACGAAGGAUGAAAGCCAAGACAGGACUGAACCUUGGAAGUUUUGUUUUCUUUUCUAUUUUCUUUUGGUUUACUUUGGUUUCCUGUUAUCAAUGCAAUGAGCUUUUUUGGGCUGGCAUGUUUCUAUAUGGAACGUACAGAAGCUGUUGGGAUCAUAUGCAUGUUCCUACAACCUCUGGUUGUUAUAUAGAUAAGGAACUUCAUCUCCACCACACUCCUUGGUCCAUGUGCAAUAUAGGACUGUAUGCAUGAGGAGAAGGGGUGCUGAAUAAAAAGAGAGAGGAGAAGUCUUGGAGAACCAACAUGGUUGACAAGAAGUCUUGGAGAACCAUGGUUGACAAGUCUUGGAGAACCAUGGUUGAUCUUGGACAACAAGGAAGUCACAUGGAAUGGAUCCAUCUUUGCAAAGAAAUUUAUCUGUAGUUGAGAUUGUCUCCCUUCCCAACUUAUUUGGUGUAGCCAUCUGCCAGUGACCCACAAGGACAUUGGCAUAAUGGGCAUUCAUCCCUAAUCUCAAGAUUCAGUAUCCACAGGAUGGAGAAGACCUGCGUGAUGGAAGCUGUCUCAACCUAGAGUCAGAGUUUAUUUUUGUACGUUCGGUUGGAGAAGGCUAACAUUGCUCAAUGCACUUUGGAUCCCCGUGUACAUUUCCAUGCACUUUGGAUCCUCACGUUGGGUUUCCCCUCACCCUCCAUUUCCCCGCAUCCUAUCGAAGGUUUAGCUUGGUCAGCCCAGCAUCGACACGCAAAGCUAAACUAUCUUCACACUACCUCAGCCAUUUCCUGCGAGCUUAAAGACAAAAAACACAACCACAAGAAGCCAAGAACCAUGAAACCAAGAGCAAGAUGGCAGCACUUCCUGCCAACACUGCCAAGUCCAGGCUUAGAGCAUGGUUGCCUGAUGCUGUGACAACAUUUCCUGUCCAGGGCAGGAUGUGGGCAAGCCAUCUGAGGCGAUGUCAAUAUCAAGACAAAAAAAAAGGUGCUGUCAGCUUCCCCCCGUCACCACCCCUCUCUUCCCCGAGACCCUCCUCAAGCGACGAAAAGGGAGCCAAGCCCUUCCUCACCCAAAGAUGGUGGCAACAUUCAUGGUCAUAGUGAAGGCUAUGUUGGCCACAGUGUGGAAUGUUCCUUUUGGGAAGGAGAAAAGAUGUUUAUGAACAUAUGUUAGCACUUUAAAUAUAUGGCCCUGAAUUAAAUCCCAGCUGAAUUGAAGUCAUUCCAAA